AAGAAGAAGAAGGAGAAGCUGAAAGCGGCAUUUGUUUCGAAUUAACUGUAAAGAAAUGUUAUGUGAAAACAGUUGUUCGUGCGUCGAGUAGUGUCGUUCUCUAUUUAAAAAAUCGAAAAAUUGUCUAAUUGUAAAUUUGUUUAAACAUGUCCGCUAAAAGCGCAAUACAGGUGUGCAUCAAGGUACGUCCCUGCGAGCAAGGGAAGACCACAUUGUGGCAGGUGAAGGACAAUCGAGCCAUUCAAAUCAUCGAUGGCCAGGCCGAACCCUGCAUAUUUGAUUAUGUCUUCGAUCAGGAGUCAAACAAUCAAAUUGUGUUCGAUUGUAUGGCCAAACACAUUAUAGAAGCCUGCAUGAAAGGCUUCAAUGGCACAAUUUUUGCUUAUGGCCAAACUUCCUCGGGUAAGACGUACACCAUGAUGGGCGAUGAUCAAAAUCCUGGUGUAAUGGUCCUAGCUGCAAAAGAGAUUUUCAAACAGAUUGCGCGGCACAGUGAUCGAGACUUUUUGCUGAGGGUCGGUUACAUUGAGAUUUAUAACGAAAAGAUUUAUGAUUUGCUCAAUAAGAAGAAUCAAGAUCUUAAGAUUCAUGAAAGCAACGGCAUGGUGCAUGUCAAUUGUGAAGAGUGCAUCAUUACCAGUGAGGAGGAUUUGUUGCAGUUCCUAUGCAUGGGCAACAAGGAGCGCACAGUGGGUGAAACCAACAUGAAUGAACGCUCUAGUCGUUCACAUGCCAUAUUUCGCAUUAUCAUUGAAUCGCGUAAAACGGAUCGCAAUGAUGAUGAUGCUGUUAUUCAAAGCCUGUUGAAUCUGGUGGAUUUGGCGGGCUCUGAGCGUGCUGAUCAAACGGGUGCGCGUGGCGCACGUCUGAAGGAGGGUGGCCAUAUCAAUAAGAGUCUACAUUUCCUUAGCAAUGUGAUCAAAAGUCUGGCUGAGAAUGAGGAGAACAAAUAUGUUAGCUUUCGGGACUCAAAGUUGACUCGUAUAUUACAAGCCUCGCUGGGUGGCAAUGCAUUUACAUCCAUUAUUUGCAGUAUUAAACCUUCAAUUUUGGAAGAAUCUCAGUCGACACUGAACUUCGCAAUGCGCGCUAAAAAAAUCCGUUUAAAACCACAAAUGAAUGAAAUUGUGUCCGAUGCGACCAUGAUGAAGCGUCUUGAGCGUGAAAUUAAAGAGCUCAAGGACCGUUUAGCUGAGGAGCAGCGCAGAAAUGAGAGCCAGAUCAAGGUGCGACUCUUAGAGCAAAGAAUCAAGACGGAUACAUUGAAAAUAAUAAGCAGCAAUACACUCGCUGAUAAUCGUAAUAAGAAUCGUCGACGCACUUGGUGCCCAGCCACAUGGACCGGAAACGACGGUUCCUCGACCAAUUCCACUAAUGCGAUUAGUUCAAAUGGACAUCAGAAGUUGUCGGGUUUGCCGAAACCAAUUUUCUCGCCUUCCACUUCUCACUUAUGCCAUCGGUCCGGUCGUAAUGCACCACAAACAAUAAACAUCAUGAAAUCUCUUGAAGUAACCGAGGAGGAAUUUCAACCUUCCGCUGGCUUCAACUUUGGAGAUGCACCAGACUCGAUGCUCAAAAGCCGCAUCCUUCCACCGCUGAGUCUUACUCCCCUCGUAUCUCACAGUGGCGAACAAAGUAAGAAACUGAUCGAGCGUGAUCUUGUGGAAUUGGCAACGUUCGAAGAUCUAGAGCAUAACAUUGGUACCGAGUGGGAAGAGUUAAAUCAAAAGUUUACUGUCGCCGCAGCUCAAGUUGAUGAGCUUCAGUCUGAGAGAGUCGAUCUGGUAAAGCGCUGCGAAGACCUUCAAGCGGAGUUAGAUGCUCUGAGCAAGUCGAAGCAAACAGCUGAUAAAAAAAUCGAGCAAUACGAAGAGAAGCUGAAGACGCUGACGCAAACAGUCGACAGGCUGGAGAUGGAAAAUCGUGCGGCUGUCGAUUUGGAGUUUCAGUUCGAGAAUCAUAAAUCGAAAUCAAAGCUGAGGGAAAAUGAACUACUGUCGGUGCUAUCUGAGAAGGCAGACACCAUAGAAACUCUCGAGAAGACACUCAAGGAAUUAUCUAAGGAUGUGCUACGCAACAGUAAAGAAGAUCAUAUGCGUUCCGUGUGCCCAGAAAUUGAAAUCAGUUGCGAGCGUAUCUGUGACAAGUGUGCGGAUCUGGAACGCAUGCUAGAGGAUUUUAAGAAGACAACACCUAACGGUGAUGCUGCCCAGUCCAUCGACAGUGAACGUGAGCUGCUGCGUACAGAGAUCGCCAGCACGCGUGCUCAGCUGGAAAGUGUGCAGAGCGCCUACAGACAAAUGACAACGGAUGUGGCUGAAAAGUCGGAGCUUUGCGAACGACUAAGCCGCGAUGUCAUCUCUGCCGAGGAAGCCAAGACUGUGCUCCAGGAGAAAUACGACGAUUUGGAGAUAGCACAGCAGCAACAUGAUCAGAUCAUUCUACGCAUGCAAGCUGAGUACGAUGCCAUACAGGCAAAGUAUCAGAAAUUACAGCAAGACUAUGAACUCCUCGAACAAACAACAGCAGCCACUGAGGAUCAGCAUAGAAAAUUGUUGAGCCAAAAUGAAUGUUUGCAGAAUGAAAUUAGCACGUUAAAGGAAUCUUUCGAGGAGGUGCAACAGACGCUGCUGCAGACCGAAAAUGCGGAUGACUGUGAGAAGGCGGUCAUUUUGCAGCAGUUGAAGGCGCACAAUGACGAACUCGUUGAUAACCUAGCUCAAUUGGAGUCCAAGUAUAUGGAAAUGCAACGCGAAUACGAAGAUUUAUCUAAUCAGCUAGUUGAGAGCAUGCAGGAGGGUGACAGUCUGCGUGAAAAGUGCAACACGCUGCAAGCGGAAGUGCAAAAGCAGCAAAUGGCAACAAAGAACGCAGAUGAAAAGGAUCAGAGAAUCGAGCAGCUGCUCGCACAUAUCGGUCAAUUGGAGAGUGAAGUCGCUGAGAAAAGUACGCUUAUAGAUGCAAUGGAAGGUACAAUCAAUGAGAUGCGUGAGCAGAUGACAAAUCUAGAGUCGGCGUUGCUGGAGAAAUCAGUUAUAGUCAACAAAGUUGAGGACUAUCAACGCCAAAUCGAAUCCUUGGAGAAGCAGCAGAGUGCAAUGACAAUAGUCUGUGAGGAACUGCAGGAGAAAAUCAAAGAAAACACCAUAAACGAGAGUCAGCUCAUGUCGACUAGCGCACAGACUCUGAUGUGUGGGGAGGAGAGGCAAAACGAGGAUGUUGCAUUCAAUUUGUCUGAUUUGAAUGCCGAAGUUAAUGGGCUACAGGCGCAAAUCCAGCUGAAGGAUGAUCUAAUUGAAAAGAUUCAGUCCGAGUUGCAUGAGCUAAAUGAACGUUGUAUAUCAAUGGAAGUGAUGCAGGUGGAACUACAAGCAAAUGCUCGACAAAACGAACAGCUAAUCGAACGACAGGCUGCCAAGUUGACGGAAGAUGCAAAUCGUAUCGAUAAACUUCAGGAGUCCAAAGCUCAGCUGCUGGAGCGUAGCAUCAAGGCUGAGGAAACUGUCGAAGCAUUAAAACUGCGUCUUGCGCAGACCUCCGAACUGGAGUGCUCGAAGGAGGAAUACGAGAAACGUGUCACCGACAUGCAAAUCGCAUUGGAUAAUGCCCAAAAGGAGUUAAAAUUGAUGGAGAAACAGAAUAAAGAUCAUCUUAACAAUGUGCAACUCGAGUAUUUACAGAAAAUUGAACUCAGCGAGUGUGAAUAUCGUGAAAAUCUGCGCAAAUACAAUAUUGAAUGGGAAGAGGGCAAGGAUCGAUACGAAUCUACUUUGCAGAAUCUGCAAAAACAAUUAGAAUCGACUGAGGAGCGUUGUUCCAAGCUGUGCGCCGAAAGCGAAUCAGAGCUUUUGUCCGUUAAAACUUCGAAUAAGCUCGAGGUCGAUCAAUUGAUCAAAGAGAAACAAGAUCUCGAAGAGCUAGUCAAGCAGAUGCAAGUUAAAUUGAGCAGUAAGGAACAGGACGAAGAGAAAGAACGUGCAUUUGUCACAUCUUCUAAUAACAAUGUCCAGCAGCUGCACGAGAAAUAUGAAUCGCAGAUUCAUGAGUACGAGCGGCUGAAGACUGAGCAUGAGCUGAAUUUGGAAAAACUGCAGCUGGAGAAGAGCACAUUACAGAGGUCUGUUGAUGAAAGUCAGCUGACAAUCGAACGUCUGAACAAUGACCUGGCCACGGAACAAAAUGAACGACAACAGGCGAGCAUAGCGGAACAAUUACGUGUUGAGCUGGAAGCAAAGGCCGUUGAAAAGGCUGAGUUUGUGGACAAAAUUGAAGCUUUAAAUACCAAGAUUGAAGACCUAUCAACUGAGCUCAAGCAGGCAACUGUAAAGGCUUUGGAUAUGGAAAAACUUCUGCUGGAUCAUGAACAAAUUAAAUCUCAGCUUUGUCAGACAAACGAUCUCAAUGUAAAACUCGCAGAGAAAGUGGAAAAUCUUGAAAGUGAAUUGUCAUUGGCGAACAAUGAGCUAACGACACGAAAGGCUGAGGUUGAAAAACUGCACUUGGAUUUGCAGCGGGGAUGCUCCGAACAGUCCAGCUUAAUGAACAAACUACAAGAUUUGGAGGAAAAUAUAUUGCAACAGGCUCAACAAUUCGAACGAAAAUUGAUCGAGUUGGAAAGCUCAAAGAGUGAACUGCAAUUAAAGCUGGACUCUUUGUUGAGUCAAAAACUGGAGGCUGAGUCAACAAGCAACCAGCUGACAGUUAAGUUCAAGAAUAUGCUGAAUAUGCAGGAUCUUUUGCAAAAGGAACGUGCGCAUUCGGCCCUGCUUCAGGAAAGCAAUACUCGACUUCAGGUGGGCAAAGGACAAAUAGAAGAAGCCAAAGUUCGAGUCGAAGAGGACAAAGCCAGACUCGAAAAAGAUAAAUCCAGGCUCGAAGAGGAAAAAACUAGACUAGAAGAAGGAGUUGCUCAACUUCAGGCGUACAAAGAUCAACUCCUAGAAGCUAAUUAUCAACUGCAGUCGAAGCUAAUGUCUAGGGAUGCAAAUUGCGAUGCUUUGCAGAACCAAUUGAAACACCUAGAGGAUCGUCUCCAGGAGAAUAAAUCUGAAUUUCAAGCCAAGUUACAUGAGAUCGAAGCCAGUAACGAACCAAUGAAGGAAGCUUUGAAGCAGCAGAAGAUAGCAUUUAACCACCUGGAAAAUUGUUUACGGGAAAAUGAUGCUCAACUCCAAAGUAAAUUAGAGGCUAAGGAGGCGAAUUGCAUUGCUUUGCAGAACCAAUUGCAACAGCAGAUAAGAUCGUCCACUAACCUAGAGAGUCGUCUCCAGGAGACCAUUACUCAACUCCAGACAAGGUUAAAGGACAUGGAAACCAGCUGCGAUGCUACGAAAGAUGGCUCAAAACAGCAGGAGGAUCGUCUAGCGGCUGCUGUUGCAGAACACAAUAAAAAUGUCAGUGAACUGCGAUUGCAAAAUGAAAUCUUACAAAGAGAAGUUGAUAAACUACGAUCUUCCCUGAAAUCGAACAAGAACAACUUUGACGAAGAACGCAUGCGCUUGGGUGGCACAAUUUCUAGUCUUUUGGAGGAUAAACGCGGGUUGGAAGAGAAAUUGUGCACAACCAAUGAGAUACUCAAGAAGCUGGAGUCAGACCUAAGAACCAAAAGUAACGACAGCAGUAUAUCAUGUGAUUCAAAUACAUCGAGCCCAUCGCUUGCAGCCAGAAAAAGUUUGGAUCGUGAUGCUAAUCAGCCCAGGAAAUCGUUAAGUAUCGAGUCUGAGGUGCGCAGAAAUCGACGGAUUAGCACACACGACGAGCGAAGACGUCAAUCCUAUUGGAAUGAUUUCCGUCAUGUGGCCUGUAUGACAGAUCCCGUAGAUAUCAACUGCAACUGUGCAGAACUUAAUCAAAAGCUACAGGAUUGCCAACGCGAUCUGUUCAUAAAGGAAAGCAUGGUGACUGCCCUAAACAUUGAGUUGAAGAACCAUCCGUUGAAGGAAGAGACAGCCACAUUAAAGAAACGCCUCCUCGACGAGCAAGCCAAGGCGCGUGAAGAAAUCAAGCGUAUAAAGCAAAAGAAUGCUGAUCUUAUGAGUAAAAUAAGUGUCUACAGUGCCUCUGCGGCCAUCACGGCCAGUAGCCGAACUUCCGCCAAUUUAACAUCAGUUGAAACUCAAACGGAAUCCGAUGUGGAGACGGACCUAAAAAAAAUGACUGAUAAGCUCCAGGAUAGCAUACAACUGUGUCGCCAUCGCUAUAAUAAAAUAAAAGACUUGGAAAAUCGGUUACGACAAAAUGAGAAUAACGAUACUUCUAAUAUAUCUUCUCAAACAGCUGGUCAAAUUAACGCACUUAAGUCCCAAUUGGAAGCGCAAAGGAAAGAAAUUUCCAUGCUCACCAAUAAAUAUGAAUUCGCUAAGAGGGCAUUUAAAAUGCGAAGAGAUGAGCUGAAUGAACUGCGUCAGGUCGCUGGCAACGAUGCUGUAGCAUCCUCAAAAUAAAUUAUUUGUUUGUUUUUAUUUUAUAGUAUUACAACGUUAAGUGAUUAUAUGUAUUUGUAGGAUAUAUGUGUAUAAGUGUAUAAUUAGAAAGGCAAUAUGGAGUGCCAUUUGUACUGCUUACAUUUUAAACUGAGGCACUCGUAAUUUAAAUAAAAUUAGCUUUGGCGCGCAUGGCAACCAUGUGCACAGAUAUAUGUGUGAGAUGGAAA